CUGCCCCGCCCCCGCCCCGUCUGUAACCGCCCCUUCCGCGGGCUCCCCGUUCUAGUCCCCGCCCCCUGCGCGGUAUGUCCCUCGCUGCCGGCCGUAGGCAGUCUGCGCGGCUGGCAAGAUGGCGGUCGCUGUCGCCACGCGGAGGCUGUCGGGGAUUUUAAGACCUCUGAAUUUUCUGGUCCCGUUGGCCUACAACAGCUCCUGCAACAUCCGUCUUAUUUCUGGACUCUCCAUACGAUGUUUCAACUGGGUGCAGGCACCAUUAGCUUCCUCUGUUACGAAACCUCUGUUGCCUGUUAGUGAUCGGUCAUGUGGGUGUCCUCUCUCCAUCUUUAACAGUGUAACAGCCUUAUUGCCACAUGUCCUUCAGCAGCCAGUGAGGACUCUCACAUAUUAUAGCCUUCGAAAAGGAAAGAGGAAAUCUGUAAAAUCUGUGGUCUAUAGAUUUCUCCGACUGCACUGUGGCCUUUGGUUAAGGAAAAAAGCUGGUUACAAGAAAAAAUUAUGGAAAAAGUCUAUUCCCCAGAAAAGACGCUUGAGGGAACAAGUGUUUUGCAAUAAAACUCAAAGUAAACUCCUUGAUAAAAUGACAACUUCUUUCUGGAAGAGAAGAAACUGUUAUACAGUGAAUGUCUUUGAGAGAUAAGGCAACUCCCUUGUCAACAGUUUCACCUCGGCAUUUAAGAAAAUCAAAACAGUCAAGUUUACAGUAAAACAGCAGGUCAGACAUUUAAUAACUUUAGUGAGGAUGAAUGUUAAUACACUGAGUAGAAUUCAUCAAACAUUAUGCAGCUAUAUAUUUUUAUUUUUGGCAUAAUUUGAGUGCAAACUUGUCAGCUUUCGUUUUGUCUUAUGGCACCCUAUUGUGUAGCAACUGAAAAUGAAGCUUGCUUGAAACAGGAUUUUAAUUUCAACUAACACUUCAGGCAACGUUGCUAUUUUUUUUU